ACUCCUUUUUUAUUAUUAUUAUUUUCUAUGAGGCGCAUUCUUCUUGCAAUCACCAUGCUUUCAUUAUGUGUGUUCAACAUUCCAUAUCAAGAGUUUUUGUGACGAAGCGCAUAACAGUUAAACUAUUCAAGCUUGACGGUCUGUUUGCAUUACCGUAUUUUACGUGGCUCUCUCUACUUCCAACCUUAUGCGGGUAGCAAAAGAAACGUUCAUGGGAACAGCUGUGAAUCCCAUACUAAAUUUUUGCUUCAAUGUGUGCAUUUGAAGCUUAUGCAUUGUCCAUACCCGCUGAUCUAUCAUACACUGAUUUUGAAGCUCGAAACACACAACUUUAAACCAAAGUGUGAAAAAAAAAAAACAGCGGUACAGAACAGGACUGAAGGUAUAUUUCAUGCGGGUUCUUUUCAGAAAAGCCCGUUUCAGCGUGUUAAAUCACGACUUUAGGUUGUCGAGCAAGGAAUCUGUUUAAUUAUAGGCCUAAUAUUUCUUUGGCCGAGCUAGGAUCCGUUCAAAGGACCUACUCUUCUCUGAAAACGCCGGGAUUCUUUGGACUUACAGGGGUUCCGAAAUAGUAGAAAUUCAACGUGGAUUAUAUAUCAUUAUAGACUCGAUGAGGAUUUGUACUUGUUACAGGUCCCUGAUUUCGCCGGCAAGAAUUCACAAAUAAAAGUGCCUCUGCAACGCACUCUCAAGACGGACGACAGCUCCUUGCGCUAUUGGCAGUGGCGACAACCAUGAUUCCAGGCUGAACGACAGCGUAAUCACCUCAUGAAAGAAGGAUAAGAUAAUCAAAACUCGUGUUACAACCACAGCAAAUGGAAAAUAUGGCGGCGACAUCUAUACCAACCACUUUGGAUUAUGUAAACUUGACAGAGCCGUUGAUCGCCAAAAGAACGUUAAAUCACAGCGAUCUGUUUGAUCCUACAGAUGGAGCUCAUCUUGGACUAUCACAACCGGUUGUUUCGAUGAGUCUGUUGAUCGGAGCCAGUCUUGCCGUUGGAGGAAACCUUCUCAUAAGUGUCUCGAUGAAUAUUCAGAAAUAUUCCUUGACGAAGAUUCAGCGGCGUCGAGAAGCCCAAGGCGAGGAGACGAUAGAUAACUAUGACUAUCUGAAGAGUUGGUUAUGGUGGUCCGGGAUUCUCCUCAUGAUCAUAGGCGAAGGAGGUAACUUUCUGGCCUAUGGUUUUGGUCCAGCUUCGGUGGUAGCACCACUUGGUACCACGACAGUAGUUGCUAAUGCCUACAUCUCGAGAUGCAUGGGAGAGAGACUACGAUUUCAAGAUAUUUUAGGAACCAUCAUUAUUGUCGUUGGAGCAUGUAUGAUUCUCAUAUUUUCAACACAGAACGAAGAGCAAAUGAAUUCACAUAUGAUAUUAUUUAAGCUAAGUUCAUGGCCCUUCCUGGUGUUUUUCGGAAUUGAGGUUGUGCUGUUCCUUGUUUUACUCUUCUUAAAGCUCGUCAAGGGUUACAAACAUCUUAUCUUAUUGCUUCUACCAGCCGCAAUAUUAAGUUCACUGACUGUUCUGGGUGCAAAAGCAUGUUCUAGUCUUAUAAAAUUGGCGGUCAAAGGUCAAAUGUCAGAGGUCAAAUCUCCAAUAUUUUUCGUCAUGCUCAUCGUAGUUUUUGUGACAGGAGCGGUACAAAUAAGAUACGUCACGAGAGCGAUGCAAGAACACGACGCUUCUGUAAUUGUUCCUGUUUACUUUGUCUUCUUUACUAUCGGUGCAAUAUUAGUGGGUGUGUUUUUCUAUGGUGAAUUCAUUGGACUUACAAUUAUUAGGAUUUUCAUGUUUAUAUUUGGGUGUAUUUGUUCGUUUAUAGGUGUGUACAUGAUCACUCAUGGGAGACUGAUGUCUCAUCAUGAUAAUGAUGAUAAUAAGGAUGAUGUACAAAUGGAAGCUAGGGACGAUACAGACGAUUCACCCUUACUACCCCUUCCCACCAGUCUCCACCUCGUUCAGCCCCCCAGGGAGGAUGGGGAUGAUAGUAGUAGUAUGAUGUCAUCAGAUAGUGGUGAUGGAAGAUUCGUUGAAAUGCAAGAUAUGUCUGCCACUUUGAGAGAUAGCCCGAAAUGGAUGCAAAUGGACAGUGCUAUCAUUCACGCCCAGCUUGGUAACCAUGGUGACGAUGGUCUCAAUCUUCGCAAGCCUCACAGAACACAGAAUGGCGAAACGAAUCAUAACACUGUAGAUUAUCAUUAGCAAUUGUAUUUAAUUCUUACUAUUAGACCUUAAAGAUAAAGACCAGUUCUGGUCAUGCGAUUGCAUUGUGAAAGAAACGUUGUGGAAUCGAUCAGAAAAGGUUGAUCAUCUAGCAUAGAU